CUGAUCAUUCGAUGUGCCACUAGUGCAGUCUGGUGAUCAUGGCGGCGGUGGUGGCGGUUGAGAGUUCCACCCAGUUCCAGGAGGUGCUGGAAAGAGCGAAGAGGUCAUUAGUCGUGGUUCAUUUUUGGGCAUCAUGGGCUCAACAGUGUAUGAAUAUGAAUGAAGUCAUCACUGAACUGGCCAAAGAAUAUCCACAUGUUAUAUUUGUAAAGCUUGAAGCUGAAUCUGUUCCAGAAGUAUCUGAAAAAUACGACAUUAGUUCAGUGCCUACAUUCUUGUUUUUUAAGAAUUGUCAGAAGAUUGCUCAAGUAGAUGGUGCCCGUGCUCCUGAGUUAACUAAAAAAGUGCAGCAGCACAGUGAGACUACCAAGCAAGAUUUGAAUGAACAAUUGAGGAAACUUCUAAAUUCCGCACCUUGUAUGUUAUUUAUGAAGGGAACUCCUCAAGAACCUCGGUGUGGCUUCAGCAAGAAGAUUGUGGAAAUUCUCAAUGAGCAUAAUAUUCGUUUUUGUAGUUUUGAUAUUCUUUCUGAUGAAGAUGUGCGUCAGGGCCUAAAAGUUUAUUCUAACUGGCCUACAUAUCCUCAACUGUAUGUGAAUGGCGAACUGGUUGGAGGACUUGAUAUUGUAAAGGAGCUAGCUGAGACUGGUGAACUGGAAAAAACUUGUCACAAGGAAAUGGGACUGGAAGAUAGGUUGAAAACACUGAUUAAUAAGUCAAAAGUCGUCCUGUUUAUGAAAGGAAACAAAGCAUUGGCAAAAUGUGGAUUCAGCCGCACUAUUGUGGGAAUAUUGAAUGAAACUGGAGUUGAGUAUGAAACGUUUGACAUUUUGGAAGAUGAAGAAGUGAGACAGGGAUUAAAAACAUUUUCCGACUGGCCAACGUACCCACAAUUAUACGUGAAUGGUGAACUUAUUGGUGGGCUUGAUAUUGUGAAGGAAUUGGAAAAAAGUGGAGAGCUUCUUUCAGCCUUAAAAGGAGAAAAUGCUAGUUAGAAUUUUACAAAAUGCACAACCACCGUCAUACAUAAUAUGUCAAUUUUAAAAAAUGUUUGUUGGCAAUAAUGUGGUCUAAAGUCAGGUAACAUAAUAGUGAAUAUAAAUCAUUUUGAUGUUUUCUUGCUUCGGUAAUUCAUGAAUAACAUGGUAGCACAAAGUGAGCAAAAUGCAAAUAAGUUAGAACAGUAAAAUAUUAUACCUCUUUUAUUAUAAUAAAACAUUACUAUUA